AUGAUCUCAUUCCGCACCACUCCCAGAGACUUGUUUCCCCUCACCUUCUUCAUCUCUCACCCACCUCGCCCAACCACCCUGAGACGCUCUAUAAUGCACCCUACCCUGUCCCGUACUUUCACCCGCCUCCCAACGCUUCAUGCUCCCUCACUCCCAUUCCAAUACAUCUCCCUUGACCCCACUCAGAGCCUUGAAGCUCAUCAAAAUGUGAGGGAAUCAGUGGUGGACGCUUUGCCCGCUAGCCCAGAGCUGUCGCCAGAAGAGAUGGCACACAUCUUUACUGGACUUGGUACUUUGGCGGCAGGGGAUGAAAGGAGAAACGUCCUCUUGAAAUUGCUCGGGGCUGAAGAGGUGUUCGGUCCGGAUGGAAAAGCGCUCCCAUGA